AUGCCACUCAUCAAUUGGGAUACACUAUGCUUAGUAAAGGAGGAGGGCGAUGCUGGCCUUAGAAAGAUGGGACUUCAAAACUCUGCGCUGGGGGCAAAACUGACAUGGAAAAUGUGUAAAGAACCGCAGAAGCCAUGGUGCCGCUUAUUCCAGAAGAAAUAUCUUGAUUCAGAUGAUCCCAACAAAAUCAUCUCGGUGGCUAAUUCUGCCCGUGGCUCUGCAACUUGGAACUUCCUAUGGGAGAACAGAAAUAUCAUCACGGAUCAUAUGUCAUGGCAAAUAGGGAAUGGGAAAGCCGUCUUGUUUUGGCAUGACUCAUGGGAGGGGUUCCCAACUUUAGCUACCUCUUUUGACGAAACAUGGGUAUGUCAGGUCGAGAAUGAAGUUGGUAAGUAUGUCUGCGAUUAUAUGUUGGAGAACGGUGAGAGGAGUGCAAUACGAAAAUGGAAAAAACUAAAUAUUGGUGAUCCGCUGUAG